AUGCCCAAAGACAUCACUGGACAGGGGUCCGACCGUUUUGAGACCACAGAUGGCCCUGCCAAGACAUCGCCAGCAGCCACUGGUGGCCCUGCCAAGACAUCGCAAGCAGAAAAAGGUGGCCCUUCCAAGGCAUCGCAAGCAGAAAAAGGUGGCCCUUCCAAGGCAUCGAGAGCGGGAAAAGGUGGCCCUGCCAAGACAUCGCAAGCAGAAAAAGGUGGCCCUUCCAAGGCAUCGCAAGCAGAAAAAGGUGGCACUGCCAAGGCAUCGAGAGCGGAAAAAGGUGGCCCUGCCAAGGCAGCGCCAGCAGCCACUGCUGGCCCUGCCAAGACAUCGCAAGCAGAAAAAGGUGGCCCUUCCAAGGCAUCGAGAGCGGAAAAACUUGGCCCUGCCAAGACAUGGCAAGCAGAAAAAGGUGGCCCUUCCAAGGCAUCGCAAGCAGAAAAAGGUGGCACUGCCAAGGCAUCGAGAGCGGAAAAAGGUGGCCCUGCCAAGGCAGCGCCAGCAGCCACUGCUGGCCCUGCCAAGACAUCGCAAGCAGAAAAAGGUGGCCCUUCCAAGGCAUCGAGAGCGGAAAAACUUGGCCCUGCCAAGACAUGGCAAGCAGAAAAAGGUGGCCCUUCCAAGGCAUCGCAAGCAGAAAAAGGUGGCCCUUCCAAGGCAUCGAGAGCGGGAAAAGGUGGCCCUGCCAAGACAUCGCAAGCAGAAAAAGGUGGCCCUUCCAAGGCAUCGAGAGCGGAAAAAGGUGGCCCUGACAUGACAUCGCCAGCAGACACUGAUGGCCCUGACAAGGCAUCGCCAGCAGACACUGAUGGCCCUGACAAGACAUCGCCAGCAGACACUGAUGGCCCUGACAAGGCAUCGCCAGCAGACACUGAUGGCCCUGACAAGGCAUCGCCAGCAGACACUGAUGGCUCUGACAAGGCAUCGCCAGCACACACUGAUGGCCCUGACAAGGCAUCGCCAGCAGACACUGAUGGCCCUGAUAAGGCAUCGCCAACAGACACUGAUGGCCCUGACAAGACAUCGCCAGCAGACACUGAUGGCCCUGACAAGGCAUCGCCAACAGACACUGAUGGCCCUGACAAGGCAUCGCCAGCAGACACUGAUGGCCCUGACAAGGCAUCGUCAGCGGACACUGAUGGCCCUGACAAGGCAUCGCCAGCAGACACUGAUGGCCCUGACAAGGCAUCGCCAGCGGACACUGAUGGCCCUGACAAGGCAUCGCCAGCGGACACUGAUGGCCCUGACAAGGAAUCGCCAGCAGACACUGAUGGCUCUGACAAGGCAUCGCCAGCAGACACUGAUGGCCCUGAUAAGGCAUCGCCAGCAGACACUGAUGGCCCUGACAAGGCAUCGCCAGCGGACACUGAUGGCCCUGACAAGGCAUCGCCAGCGGACACUGAUGGCCCUGACGAGGCAUCGCCAGCAGACACUGAUGGCCCUGACAAGGCAUCGCCAGCAGACACUGAUGGCCCUGACAAGGCAUCGCCAGCAGACACUGAUGGCCCUGACAAGGCAUCGCCAGCAGACACUGAUGGCCCUGACAAGGCAUCGCCAGCGGACACUGAUGGCCCUGACAAGGCAUCGCCAGCGGACACUGAUGGCCCUGACAAGGCAUCGCCAGCGGACACUGAUGGCCCUGACAAGGCAUCGCCAGCGGACACUGAUGGCCCUGACAAGGCAUCGCCAGCAGACACUGAUGGCCCUGACAAGGCAUCGCCAGCGGACACUGAUGGCCCUGACAAGGCAUCGCCAGCAGACACUGAUGGCCCUGACAAGGCAUCGCCAGCGGACACUGAUGGCCCUGACAAGGCAUCGCCAGCGGACACUGAUGGCCCUGACAAGGCAUCGCCAGCGGACACUGAUGGCCCUGACAAGGCAUCGCCAGCGGACACUGAUGGCCCUGACAAGGCAUCGCCAGCGGACACUGAUGGCCCUGACAAGGCAUCGCCAGCAGACACUGAUGGCCCUGACAAGGCAUCGCCAGCAGACACUGAUGGCCCUGACAAGGCAUCGCCAGCAGACACUGAUGGCCUUGACGAGGCAUCGUAG